AGAGAUAGAAUAAUGAAAGAGUCGUACCAACUCGUACGUUAAGUAAGCACUUUGUUAAUGUUCAGGGUGCGGGUCGUAUCGCACUAACCUUCCAGUGCACUCGGACCCAGGUUGUCUUAAGAAGUCUAUUUCUUUCCAGACUGGUUUUGACCUCGUCUACUUAUCUGUGUCAGUGUCGGUCGAUAUUCAUACUCUUACCAUGUGGGAUUCCUACGAGCAGUUUAAGUUCCAGCUCGAUGCUGUGCUCUGGAACUUGUACGACUGGUUGGAUUUGAAAGUGUUGAAGCGGCAGCCCGUGCCGGAUGACGACAUCGCAGAGAAAGACAACUACUGUUAUCUCAUCCACCGGCCGGGGAGCAUCAACCAGGUGCGGAAGCGAAAAAUGGCGGAAAACGAGUGCACCAUCGGCUACAACCUUCCGCCCCUCUCGCCGGGCCCCGUGAUCACGAUACCGGAAACCUUACCGGAGGACUGUGUCUUACUCAAGGUAUGAACAAGAACACACACAAUUUACAUUUGCUCGCGGAUGCUUCGACGGUGUACUGGUGACCGCGGUAGAUAAAGAUGUAGAACAUGCAACUUACUUCAAUUCAUCUUGUUAUUUGUUAUAUUUUUUGGUGUAAUGUUGCAUCUAAUCUAGUAUACGCAAGUCCUUGUUCAUUCAGGUUACCCAUUUCAGCGUAAACUACGCGGACGUCUGUAUUCGCUGGGGGCUCUACGACUCCGCAAAUAAAUUUGUUGGGUGGCCAAUCUGUCCGGGAUUCGAUGUCGCCGGGGUCGUCGAGCGAGCCGGGACAAAAGCCGGCUUCAAGCCAGGUGACAGCGUGUUUGGCGCGACAUUGUUCGGCGGGUAUUCCUAUGCAUUGCAAAACUAUCGUACUAGUAGAAAUCGCAUGACAAACUUCCUCAGCAUCAGAAAUGAAAUUUCUGAUGCGGAUUUAACUUGAGAAAGAAUAACUGCAAUUACUACGAGUGCGAUACUUUUGCGCAGGAUAAUUCCUCCCGCGUAUUAGUCCCCGUCCGGCAGCUCCGUAAGGUGCCGAAAGGUAUACUUGGUCGCAUUUCUUUACGUUGACUCUCUAUCUUGCUUGACCGGAAUUAUUUUGCGAUCUUCUUCAUCAAGUUGCUCUUGCUGUUGCGAUGCCACCUUCACAACGUAGUCGUUCUGGUUCGAGUGUGAAAAUUUCUUUACAACUGGAUGAUCAUGUCGUGGUAUCAGGUCUCGAGCCAGAAAGAGCUGCUGCGCUUCCCGCUGUCUGUCACACCGCUGUGCACGCUUUGCACCUCGCUGGCUUCUCACCCGACGUGGCUCCGCGAACCACUAAUAAAGGUAUCUAUAGAUUGCAGCGCAUAGAUGAAGAUGGCUCAUGCCAAAGAAUAGCAGUACAAAGUAACGCCGCGAAUCGAUGAAUUAAAGUUAAACUCGCGACGUUACAAACUUCGAAAUAAAAAAAACACAUCGACUCAACGUGUUUUUCACUUCCAUACACAUACAGAGGACAAAACGAACGAUUUUGUCAAAGAAAUGUAUAAACACACUGAUCGCAGCUCCCUGCAAAAAAAACUUAAGUUGAACAAACGACAACCAGGUGUGCUCGUGCACAGCGCAGCCGGUGGCGUGGGUACGAUGCUCUGCACGCUCGCCAAGAGGUUCGGGUGCUCUCCCGUGGUGGGUGUCGUCGGCCGACCGCAGAAGAUUCAAACCCUAAAGGAUAUGGGCAUUUGCGACUCCGUGGUGCUCAAAACAGAACUCUGGCAGCAACGCAAAGCCAAAGCAGCUGUCGUGGCCUCGAGCAAGAAACUCGAUGACUACAACGUGGUAGAAGAUAUGUCCAGUCCGUCGCGGGGCGAUGACGUCGGUGACGACGAGUUCCAGGCGAUUUUCGACGCGAACGGACAGGAAACGCUGGCGAAAAGCUACAGCCACCUGGCACAGGGGGGGCGACUUAUCAUCUACGGCUUCCACACCAACGUGCCCUCUGCCAGCGCCGCGGCUUUUCUCAGUCCCUGGCAGUGGCUCAAAAUGCUCUACAAGAUGGUGCAGGGAAUGCCCAGAUUUGACCCCAUGAAUAUGACCGUCGCGAGUAAGGGCGCUAUCGGGUUCAAUCUGAGGUAAUGAAAGCACGAUUUGAUUUUGAAUACGCUUACGCACCGAUAAAUCUUCAUGAAAGAAAAAGAUUCAACAUGGGAAUACGGAAUCCCAAAAUCAUUUUCAUCAGUUUCAGUGGCUACUUUUCCUAAAAAAAAUCUGCCUUUUUCAUGCAAAUUUGUGUUUGCAUGCAUGCCAAAUUCCCCUUUAAAUCAGCUUCUUCGCGAAGGAGACGGAAGUGCUGAAAUACUACUUCGACAUGAUAGUGGGUUACGUCGAAAAGGGCGUGAUCGGCAAAGCCAUUCCAGUCACAGUUUUGAAGGAUGCGCGAGAAGCCCAUACUGUGCUCAGCAGCGCCGCUAGCGUCGGGAAAUUGGUUGUGGAGUUGUGAAGGUCUGAAGCAGUUGUAGAGCAUGACCAUGAUGAUCCAUUUCUGCCGCAGCAACAAAAUCUAACAUGAUCCCGGUACAGGUACUAUUAAUUUUCCAUAUGCAAUUUUUCCUUUGCAACCUACAGAUUGGAGUUUUGAAUUAUGAGUCUUGAUUUUCAUCCAUGAUUUUUUCAAUCGCUUUUGCCGUCCUUUCACUCUGCUGCGGCGUCGGUUAGGGUUGGAAUGGAGAUGAUGAAGCUACAAGCAGCCUUUGAGGCCGAGCGCGAAUGAUCUUCGACAGCAGAAUCAGAAAGAAACCUUGAGACAAACAAGCAUCAAGAAGUUGAAGGAAAAUAGGUAAAAACGAAGAAUAUGGAUAGCGCCACAUGAAGAACGUUUCUCACGAUCUGCUCUCUUCCGGUAAUUCUCAGGAGGAAGAUCGUCUACUUCCCUGUGUCUGCAGUUGCUGUUCCAGCGGCUGCCUCUGUUGCAAUAAGCGCUUAUGCUGAAAU